AUGGGGCCAGCUUUUACCUUCGCACCAAAAGCUUUAAGGUCUCGAACUCAUUCUGCGCUGAUUCUAUGGAGUUCUUCUUCAAAGCGUUUGUUUUGCAAGUGUAACAGCCAAGUACGCGAUUCAGAUUCUUCGCUGAUCAUACAAAAGUUGCUUCAGGAACCCAAAUCCCGCGUCAAAACCACCCUUGAUUCCCACCAUUUCUCUACCUUUUCAUGGCAAUCCCUACUUUCCCCUCUCGCCUCUUCUUCUUCUCCCGAUAAAGCUCGCCUGGUUUUGGAAUGGAGAUUGGAGAAACUGCUAAACGACAAUGAGAAAAAUUGUGAUCCUUACUCUGAACUCAUAUCUCUAUGUGGAAAUAUUCGAGAUCUCGGACUAGCAAUGAGUAUUUGUACUUCUUUGGAGGCUCAUGGAAUUAAGCUGAAUUCUGCUAUUUUCAAUUCCCUUAUACAUGUUUGCUUCUCUUCUGGUAAUGUUCUGACUGCCUCCAGCUUAUUUGAGAUAAUGAAGAACACAGAUGAUAGCUUCAAACCCAAUUCCAAAACUUUCGAUGCUUUCAUAUCGGGGUUCUCAAAGCUGGGCAAUGCAGGCGCUAUGCAAGCUUGGCACUCUGCCAAAAGGGAUGCUGGACUGCGUUGUCAUGUUCAGAACUAUGAAUCUUUGAUUUGGGGCUGCAUAAAAUCUGGAAAUUUUGAGGGUACUGAUAGAUUCUAUGAAGAAAUGGUACUAACAGGACUCAAGCCUAGCAUGCUCAUAUUGGAGAACAUGCUUGAAGGGCUUUGCAAGAGGAGAAGCACUAAUAGAGUAAAGGAGUUUCUGAAGUUUGCGGUCGAAGGUGGGUGGAAGAUUAGUGAGCAAAUGGCGGAGAAGCUUGUGGCUCUGUACACUGAACUUGGGAACGUGGAAGAAAUGGAGGAGCUGCUUGCAACUCUGGUGGAAUCCAACCAUGUUUCAGAGGUUUUGUCGGUGGUACAUUGCGGGAUUAUAAGGAUGCAAGCAGCGUCGGAUAGAUUGGAUCUUGUUGAAUAUGCUGUAGGGAGGAUGUUGAAGCAUGGAUCAUCGUUUAGAU